AGAAAGCGUGUGAGCAGGUGAGGGGCAGAGAGAGAGGAGAGAGACAAUCCCAACAAGGCUCAGCCCAGAGCCCGACCUGAGUAAAGAUCAAGAGUUGGACACUUAACUGACUGAGCCACACAGGUGCCCCUCCUUUUUUUGUUUUUGAUGGUUACUGUAGACUUGGUAUUUUUAAAAAAUUCAGUAUGUUAUAAUCUAUUGCUGUUGAAAAUACCAUAUUCAGUAUUAAAAAUACAGCAAAUUUGUUGUAAAUUUGGUCAGUGGGAGCCCUAUCAAACUGAUUCCUAUGUCCUUUUGACGUGAUCCACUCUGGCACUGCAAGGUGUUCCAGGUUCACCUUGUACUUUUACCUGCCCCAGACCUGGAAUAAAUCAUUUCUGCAAGGAACGCUGAUUCCUUUAGUGACAAAUGAUUCCUUAAAAAAAUUUUUUUAAUGUUUAUUAAUUGUGAGAGAGAGACAGACAGAGACAGAGUGUGAGUGGGGGAGGGACAGAGAGAGAGGGAGACACAACCCGAAGCAGGCUCCAGGCUUAAGUUGUCAGCGCAGAGCCCUAUGCAGGCCUUGAACUCCCGAGCCAUGAGAUCAUGACCUGAGUCUGGGAAACUGACAUGAAGUUGGUUAUUUAUUGUAUUGAACAUUUCUGUUGGGAGUAUAGUUUUUGUGGUUCCUUAUAGAGGUCUGAUGUUUUAGAGAAUCCAAAAAGAGUUAGCCUUAGAAUUAUGAUCUGGUAUACCCCAAUCACUUAUGGUCCAACAGCUUGAGAACAUACUCCACUCUGGGACUCUACAUGAAACAAGAUAGGUCAGUUCCUUCCACAAAAACAUUUUACACUGAAGGUGAAAUCCAUUAAGCCUAUUGGUAUGUUCAUUGAUGUGGAAACAAAUCAGUUGUAAGGAAAGUCACCAUGUGCUAUUAACCUGUUCUGUUGAAAUAUUUAAAAUCCUGUCCUGUUAUCCCUAUGGAAGAAGUUAUAACCUUUGUUUUUGGAGGAGGGGUGUUACUCAUUUUCAGAAAUUAUAGGUAAUAUUUUAAUUAACACCAUUACUAGCCUAUCAGUUGAUUAUAUGGCUUAUAUAUUUAUUCUUUUAUGUGGAUGACUGCUCUAGGAUUACUUAAGAAAUUAGCUGCCUGGCAACAUAAAAGUUCAGAUAUUAAAGUGAAUUGCAUGCCUUCCAACUAUUUCUAUUACUUGUCUAAAUUUAGAACCAUGUAGAGUUCCUGCAGAAUUGAAAUCUCUGGGGAUUUUAAUAGUCAAGACAGACAAUAUUCAGCUUUUCAGAGUAAAGAAGAAAGGUAGUUUCAAAUUAAUUUUUGCACUGUCACUGAGACUACUUAAUUAAGACACAGAGUCCAGUGAAAAGUCAGGACUGUUCUGAGAAUUUUAUUUGGCUGUGGCUGAAAACUUGUUAGAACCUACGCUCUGGAUGUGAAAGGGAUCAUUUUUUUCCCCUCCUAGGUGAAUUGCUGGGAGCUAUCCACUAUUCUUUCCUUACUGUCUCCCCAAAUUAUGCUUGAUAAGUACAGUUCUUACACUUUACCUGGAUGGAUGAGGCAUUCAUUACAUCUGAGCUAGAGAUCAGACUUGUUUCUUAUAUGUGAUGCCAUUCCAGCACUGGACUCAUGGAGGCUGAACAUUUAUUCAGUAAGCUUCAUGCCCAGUGUGGAUCCCAGUGCGGGGCUUGAACUCGUGAUGCUGAGAUCAAGACCUGAGAUAAGGGAAACCGAGGAACCAAGAGAUUAAGUAACUUGCCCAAGAUCACACAGCUUAAUGUCUUCUCUGGAUUGACUUGGGAGCAAUUUUGCCAGGGCACGGGAAAAGACAGUGUGAACUUUCAAGGAGUCCAUAGAGGCUACUGUAUUAUAUCGAAGAAGAUGUCUAACAGUAACACUACUCAAGAGACCCUGGAAAUAAUGAAAGAAUCAGAAAAAAAACUGGUGGAAGAAUCUGUAAACAAAAACAAGUUUGUAUCUAAGACUCCAAGUAAGGAAGAAACUGAGAAAGAGAGUGAAGAUACUAGUUUGCGUCAGGAGACACAGGAUUAUGAGUCCCUUUUGGACAAGAGGCGGACAUCCAGCCAUGGUCAUGCCAGGAAAAGAGCCAAGUCUAAUUCCAAGCUGAAGUUGGUGCGCAGCCUGGCAGUGUGUGAGGAGUCCUCUGUCCCUUUUGCUGAUGGGCCACUGGAAACCCAGGAUAUAAUUCAGUUGCACAUCAGCUGCCCCUCUGACAAAGAGGAAGAAAAAUCCACAAAAGAUGUCUCUGAAAAGGAAGACAAGGAGAAAAACAAAGAAAAGGUCCCAAGGAAGAUGCUUUCUAGAGACUCCAGCCAAGAAUAUACAGACUCCACUGGAAUAGACCUACAUGAAUUUCUUGUAAAUACACUGAAAAAGAACCCAAGGGACAGAAUGAUGCUGCUAAAAUUAGAACAGGAGAUUCUGGAAUUUAUUAAUGACAACAAUAACCAGUUCAAGAAGUUCCCUCAGAUGACCUCAUAUCACCGGAUGCUAUUACAUCGGGUAGCUGCCUAUUUUGGGAUGGACCACAAUGUUGAUCAAACUGGAAAAGCUGUCAUCAUCAACAAAACCAGUAACACAAGAAUCCCUGAACAGAGAUUCUCAGAACAUAUAAAGGAUGAGAAGAAUACAGAAUUUCAACAGAGAUUCAUUCUCAAGAGAGAUGAUGCCAGUAUGGACCGAGAUGAUAACCAGAUCAGAGUUCCAUUGCAGGAUGGAAGGAGGAGCAAGUCAAUAGAAGAGAGAGAGGAGGAAUAUCAAAGGGUCCGAGAGAGAAUAUUUGCCCGAGAGACUGGCCAGAACGGAUAUCUAAAUGACAUCAGACUCUCCAAAGAAGCCUUUUCUUCUAGCUCUCACAAGAGAAGGCAGAUUUUUAGGGGGAACCGUGAGGGGCUGAGCCGAACCUCAAGCAGCCGCCAAAGCAGCACAGACAGCGAACUCAAAUCCCUGGAGCCACGGCCUUGGAGCAGCACAGACUCUGACGGCUCUGUCCGGAGCAUGCGGCCCCCUGUCACCAAAGCCAGCAGCUUCAGUGGAAUCUCUAUCCUCACCCGAGGGGACAGCAUCGGGAGCAGUAAAGGCGGCAGUGCAGGAAGGAUCUCCAGGCCAGGUUUGGCGCUAGGUGCCCCAGAAGUGUGCAACCAGGUCACCUCAUCCCAGUCUGUCCGGGGCCUUCUCCCUUGUACUGCCCAGCAGCAGCCGCCACAGCCACAGCCGCAGCAACUUCCUGCGCUCCCACCCACGCCUCAGCAACAGCCACCCUUGAAUAAUCACAUGAUCUCACAGCCAGUCCCAGCUCUGCAGCCCUCUCCGCAGCCUGUUCAGUUCUCUCCAGGCUCCUGUCCCCAAGUCCUUCUGCCAGUCUCUCCGCCCCAGCAGUACAACAUGGCAGAUGACCUCAGCAACCCCUUUGGACAAAUGAGCCUUAGCCGUCAAGGUUCUACUGAAGCAGCUGACCCGUCCUCAGCUCUGUUCCAGCCCCAGCUUAUCUCCCAGCACCCUCAGCAGACUAGCUUCAUCAUGGCUUCUACAGGACAGCCCCUCCCCACGUCCAACUAUUCCCCCUCUAGCCAUGCGCCUCCUACUCAGCAAGUCCUGCCGCCCCAGGGCUACAUGCAGCCCCCUCAACAGAUCCAGGUUUCUUACUAUCCCCCUGGACAGUAUCCUAACUCCAACCAGCAAUAUCGACCUCUCUCUCACCCGGUGGCCUACAGCCCCCAACGUGGUCAACAGCUGCCUCAGCCAUCCCAGCAGCCUGGUUUACAGCCCAUGAUGCCUAACCAGCAGCAGGCGGCUUACCAAGGCAUGAUUGGGGUCCAGCAGCCACAGAACCAGGGCCUGCUCAGCAACCAGAGGAGCAGCAUGGGGGGCCAGAUGCAAGGCCUGGUGGUUCAGUACACUCCACUGCCUUCUUACCAAGUCCCAGUGGGUAAUGACUCGCAGAAUGUGGUCCAGCCGCCUUUCCAGCAGCCCAUGCUGGUCCCUGCGAGCCAAUCUGUGCAAGGGGCACUCCCAGCUGGGGGCGUACCAGUGUACUACAGCAUGAUCCCACCGGCUCAGCAGAACGGUACUAGCCCUUCUGUAGGGUUUCUGCAGCCUCCCGGCUCUGAGCAGUACCAGAUGCCUCAGUCUCCCUCUCCCUGCAGUCCACCACAGAUGCCACAGCAGUACUCAGGAGUGUCACCUUCUGGACCAGGCGUGGUGGUCAUGCAGCUGAACGUCCCUAAUGGACCCCAGCCCCCCCAGAACCCAUCCAUGGUCCAGUGGAGUCACUGUAAAUAUUACAGCAUGGACCAGCGUGGGCAGAAGCCUGGAGACCUGUACAAUCCUGACAGCAGCCCCCAGGCCAACACACAAAUGAGCAGCAGCCCUGUCACAUCUCCUACCCAGUCUCCAGCACCCUCUCCUGUCACCAGCCUCAGCAAUGUCUGCACAGGACUCAGUCCCCUUCCUGUCCUCACACAGUUCCCCCGGCCUGGGGGUCCAGCACAGGGUGAUGGGCGCUACUCCCUCUUGGGCCAGCCAUUACAGUACAAUCUGUCCAUCUGCCCUCCCUUGCUCCAUGGCCAGUCGACGUACACGGUACAUCAGGGACAGAGUGGAUUGAAGCAUGGAAACCGGAGCAAGAGACAAGCACUCAAAUCUGCCUCCACUGACCUGGGGACAACAGACGUUGUCCUGGGCCGGGUGCUGGAGGUGACAGAUCUCCCUGAGGGCAUCACUCGGACUGAGGCGGACAAACUCUUCACUCAGCUUGCCAUGUCUGGCGCCAAGAUCCAGUGGCUCAAGGAUGCUCAGGGGCUGCCUGGCGGGGGCGGGGGGGACAACGGUGGGACUGCUGAGAAUGGCCGCCACGCGGACCUCGCUGCCUUGUACACCAUCGUGGCUGUGUUUCCCAGCCCCCUGGCUGCCCAGAAUGCCUCCCUUCGCCUCAACAACUCCGUGAGUCGCUUCAAACUUCGAGUGGCCAAAAAGAACUAUGACCUGAGGAUCCUGGAGCGAGCCAGCUCCCAAUAAACGGAGGAGGGGAAGGGACCGGCACAGUAGGGGUGGGGGCAGGGCGGAGGGGGUCGAGGGAUCCUGACAGACUACGGACAGAGGCAGAAAGAAAGGUGACAGACACUGAACUGGAGCCUAAGACAGUGGGGAUGAAGAAGGAAACAGAAACUCACACUGGCACUGGACUCCUCGCUCCCCUGCCAUGGGUCCCUUCUUUUUCCCUGGUUGGCCCCCCUUGCUGCCCUCUCCUUCCCAUCCUCUUCUGUCAUUUUUUAUCUCUUCUCCCACCAUGAAAUUAAUUUUUUUCAUAUUUUUUGGUCAGGUAGAAUUGGGAGGGUCCCAUGCUCCCCUAUUCGAUCUCCUCUACCAUCCCAAGCUCCCUUUUCAUUUCUGGUCUUUAUGAAUAUAUUUAUAUGGACAGAAUUAAGAAAAGCAAAAUUGAUUUCCCCUUUCUCUCACUUCCCCCAUCUUGUCUCCCCAAACCCCAAAGAGUUAAAACUUGGGCCUCCCCCACCUCCCAGAACACUUGUAUAUUGUUUGUUUGAGGUUCGUGCCGCAGUAACAGACAGUAUUUAAUUGCACAUACAGAUGUUUGCUGGGUAUAUUCACUGUAAAUUUUAUUUAAUCUGAUUUUUUGUUUGUUUGGGGGGUUAUUUGGGGGGAGGUUGAUUUUGUUUUUAAAUAUAAAAAAAAAAAUCUGUCACUGGA